GUGGCAGGCAGGAGAAGGUCUGCUUUCUGAAUGGCUCUUUGCACCAAUGUAUGUAAAGGGAAGCUUUGGGAUGAUGAAUUUAAUAACAUUUUGUCUAAGAGGACAAUGGACUUCAAGGUGAUCCCAGUUCUGGCUUUUGUGCCUCAAGAAUGAAAGGAAACUUGCAGAACUCCUGUUUUAAGAUUUCUGAAGAAUGGAUGGAGAGCCUUUUACUUCCAAUUUCUUUUCCUCUGGAAACUUCCCUUCUGAAAUUGGCAUUACCUUGGAACAGAAAACUACCUUUGCCUUUGUGCUUUUAUUGUUUAUUUUCCUUGGUGUUCUUAUUGUCCGGUGUUUUCGAAUCCUCUUAGACCCUUACAGGACUAUGCCAACUGCCACCUGGACAGAUGGGCUGGAGGGGCUGGAAAAAGGACAAUUUGAUUAUGUUUUAGCUUAGAGCCAGAAAUGUAGCUACUUAGAAAAAUUUCUUGUUCUCACACAGGCAAAAUAAGCUAAAAUUGGAUGAAUAGAUGGGAAACAUAGUGAGCAUUUGAUGAAAAAAAAAUGCCUGGGUU